AUGAGCGAGGUCCAACAGCAGCCUGCGACGCCGCACGCCGACGCCAACGCCGACGCUGAAAAGGAGGCUGGCGUCGUCGUCAAGGACAGCCCAAGCUCCGAUGGCGAUGAUACCAUCGACCGAGAUGCCCAGGCCGGUGUCCAGAACAUCGAGGCCGUUACCUCAGUAUGGACAACCCGCUCCCUUAUCGCCGCCUACGCCAUGAUAUUCAUCAUCUACUUCGUCGAGACCAUGCAACAAGGUGCCAUGGGAUCCAUCACCCCCUAUGUCACGUCUGCCUUCGCCGCGCACUCGCUCACUCCGACCGUCAGCAUCUUCAGCAACAUCAUUGGCGGCGUCUUCCAACUCAGCCUCGCCAAGAUCCUCGACGUAUUCGGGCGGCCGCAGGGAUAUCUGCUCUCAGUCUUCUUUGCGACUAUCGGCCUGAUCAUGAUGGCUGCCUGCAACAAUGUUGAGACGUACGCUGCCGCCCAAGUCUUUUACACCGUCGGGAACAACGCCAUUCUAUAUUGUGUCAGCGUCUUCGUCGCCGAUACAUCUUCACUGCGAAACCGAGCUAUGAUGACCGCCUUUUCCGCUUCGCCUAAUCUUAUAACCAUCUGGUUGGCUGGACCGAUCUCUGAAGCCUUUCUCAAUGGACCGGGCUGGCGUUGGGGCUUUGGAACCUUCUGCAUCCUUGUGCCCUUAUUCACCCUCCCGCUCUACGGCCUUUUUGUAUACAAUUUCAAGAAGGCCAAGAAUCAGGGCCUUAUCCCCGAGUCCAACAGUCAAAGGACAGCGUGGGAGUCUUUCAUCUACUACUGCCGCGAGUUUGAUGCUAUUGGUCUCUUUUUGCUAUCUGCUGGUCUCGCUCUAUUUCUCCUGCCCUUCAACAUCUACUACUUCCAAAAUGAAGGAUGGCGUGCCCCUAUUAUUAUCGCCCUACUUGUUGUUGGCUUUGUUGUCAUUAUUGCAUUUGCUCUGUGGGAGAAAUUCUUCGCCCCCAUUACUUUUAUUCCCUAUUCUCUCCUCCUGGAUCGCACCGUCUUUGGCGCCUGUAUUCUCGGCGCCACGCUCUUUAUCAGUUACUAUUGCUGGAUGAGCUACUUUACCUCUUUCCUGCAGGUUGUCAAUAACCUUGACGUCACCAAGGCCAGCUAUGUCGCUCAGACUUACAGUAUGGGCUCCUCCUUGACGGCCAUCGCUGUAGGUGUGCUCGUACGGUACACUGGUCGAGUCAAGCCUGUAACUCUCUACAUGGCUGUUCCUCUAAGUAUCUUCGGUUUGGCUCUGAUGAUCAACUUCCGCAAACCCGACGUCAAUAUCGGCUACAUCAUCAUGUGUCAGAUUUUCGUCUCUGUUGCCGGCGGCACCAUCAUCAUCUGCGAUCCAAUCGCCGCCAUGGCAGCCGCUACGCACCAACAUAUUGCCGUUGUUAUUGCCGUGCUGUCUAUGUUUUCUCAAAUUGGCGGUGCAAUUGGCCUCAGCGUUGCUGCGGCCAUCUGGCAGGGUGUCUUCCCUGUGAAGCUCGCGGAAUACCUUCCUGAAUCAGAACUCCCUAAUCUUGUCGCGAUCUAUGCCGAUCUCACUGUGCAGCUGUCGUACCCCGUGGGAUCACCUGCGCGUAUUGCCAUCCAAAAUGCAUAUGCUGAGGGGCAGAAGAUGAUGUUGAUUGCUGGCACUGCUAUCUGGAUUCUCGGCUUUGUGGGUACGCUGAUGUGGCGAGACAUCCAGAUUAUUGGCAUUAAGCAGGUCAAGGGCCAUGUUGUUUGA